AUGCUCACUCAAACACCUCUCCCGCGAGUGAGAACACGACUUCGAGCCUUGCUUCAUGUCUACUUGGCACAUCGUCCAAUUGUCGAGAGAGCCCUGACGGCUGGUUUCGUGCUUUACUGCCUGGGAACAACGUAUCUCGGCAUAACGGGCAAAGGGGGACUGACCGCCGCGCGCUUGGUUACCUUAGGUAAAGGCUCUUCAUCGACCUCUGCAUCAGUCAAUGAUCCAGUUUUCCAUACUCGUCUACGGAAACUCUUACGGAUCGUCGUACCUUCGCUCAAGUCACGAGAAGCGGCUAUGCUGGUCCUUCAUUCAGCUUUCCUCAUUGCGAGGACCGGUCUCAGUCUAUACGUUGCAGAUCUAGAUGGUAGAAUCGUAUCAAGCUUGGUGACUGCUCGACCUGACCUCUUCGUCAAGAAUAUCAUCCGGUGGCUUUUGGUCGCCGUACCCGCUACAUACACAAACUCGAUGCUGGAGUAUCUACAAUCGGCACUUGGCCUGGCAUACAGGACCAGGCGAGUGGAUACGAGAGUCGAUGCUGCUCUGACACAGUCAUUACGGUCUGAUCAGAGCGACAAGCUAUUCUACAAGCUCGCAAAUUUAGAUGACAGAAUUAAGAAUGCGGACCAGUACCUCACAGUCGACAUUCAGCAAUUUAGUAACAAGCUCGCAGAGAUUUAUUCAAAUAUCGCAAAGCCGACAUUGGAUGUCAUUCUGUACAAUUACCAGCUCUCUCGCAACGUCGGGGCAGAGAGUUUGGUCGUACUCACUGUGCUUGUCCAAUCGAGCGCGGGACUAUUACGGGCGGUCACACCGCCGUUCGGCAAGUAUGCGGCCCAUGAAGCAACGCUCGAAGGCGAGCUCCGUUUCACGCAUUCUCGACUGCUCGAAAACUCCGAAGAGGUCGCUCUAUAUCAUGGCGAAGAAUACGAGAAAAACGUUAUCGAACGAGGUUACUUUGCCCUCGUCAAGCACAUCAACCGAGUUCUGGGUAUCAGAAUAUGGCAUGGCAUGGCGGAAGAGGGAGUCAUCAAGUGGCUCUGGGGAAGCUUGGGUCUGUGCAUCUGUGCCAUCCCCGUGUUUGGAGGCGAGUUGCUAGGCAUGAAGAGCGGCGAUCUAGGUACACGGACAGAAGGCAAGUGCUUCGUGACGAAUCGCCGCUUACUCCUCUCUGCCAGCGAUGCCUUUGGCCGAGUCAUGUACAGCUACAAGGAACUCGCCGAGCUUGCAGGCUAUACAUCCCGAGUAUCCGAUCUAUUUGACGCCAUGGACGAUGUCAAAGCCGGCAAAUAUCAGAAGAAGCUGGUCAGCAGUGGCGGAGUUGAGAAUAACGAGAAGAUGCUUCAGGGUCGAGGGAAAAUCAUUGAGGCGGAGGAGAUUCGUUUCGAGGGCGUACCUCUGAUCAGCCCAAAUGGCGAUGUCUUGGUGAAGUCCAUGACGUUCCAUGUGGAUUCAGGGAAACACUUGCUCGUGGUCGGACCAAAUGGCUGCGGCAAGAGCAGCCUCUUCCGUAUCCUCGGUGGACUCUGGCCAGUUUAUGGCGGGACAGUGUACAAGCCUCCAAAUCACCAGUUCACGUAUAUCCCACAGAGACCUUACCUGUGCACUGGGACUUUGCGCGACCAGAUCAUCUAUCCUCACACGCACGACGAGAUGAUGGCACGUGGCGUCACGGAUAGAGACCUCGAAGAAAUGCUCAACGUGGUGGAUAUGGGUCACAUGGUUGAACGAGAGGGAGGCUGGGACAGUAACAGGGAAUGGCGAGAUGCGCUCAGCGGAGGCGACAAGCAGCGAGUGGCUAUGGCGAGGUUGUUUUAUCAUCGACCAAAGUACGCUAUCCUGGACGAAUGCACCAGUGCUGUGACACUGGAGAUCGAAAAGGCAAUGUACGAUCACGCGACGGCCCUCGGCAUCACUCUCAUGACUGUCAGCCAUAGACCGUCCUUAUGGAAGUAUCACUCGAUGGUUCUUCAGUACGACGGUAUGGGAGGAUAUGUCUUCACCGAGCUUGAUCCUGAGAAACGGCUCGCCCUUCAGGAAGAAAAGCAAGACCUGGAACACAAGCUGCUCGAGGUGCCAAAGCUUAGAGCCAGAUUAGAAGAGCUGAAGGCUGUCAAGCAGGAGCGAGAGCGAGCCAACAAGUAG